CACGGGGAGGCGACACCGGGGUGUCGCGGUCGCGCGUGGUCCCCGAUCCCUUCGCGAAGACGCUGUCAGCAGCGAGAAUGACGUCCCGUCACGAAAAGGAGCGUGCCAAGCAGAUCCAGGAGAAAUGUCAAAAUCUGCUGACGCAGAUGCUUCGCGACGAGGAUAACAAGUAUUGCGUCGACUGCGACGCGAAAGGACCAAGAUGGGCUAGUUGGAAUUUGGGAAUUUUCUUGUGUAUUCGAUGUGCUGGUAUUCAUAGAAAUCUUGGAGUACAUAUAAGUAAAGUCAAGUCUGUUAAUUUAGAUACAUGGACGCCGGAACAAGUUGUGAGUUUACAACAAAUGGGCAAUUCUCGAGCUAGAGCAGUCUAUGAAGCCAAUCUUCCAGAUAGUUUUCGAAGACCUCAAACGGAUUGUAGUCUGGAAAGUUUUAUUCGGGCAAAAUAUGAACAUAAGAAAUAUAUAGCUAGAGAAUGGGUGCCACCUCCUUUACCAAAAGUAAAUUGGGACAAAGAACUUGAUGAAGAAGCCGAAAGACAACGCAGACGAAAAAAGGAAAAUUCGGAAGCUACGACUACUGUACUCCCCCCUGUAAAAAAACCGGAAGUAGUGCCUCAAUUGCCAAAACCUCGAAGUUCCGUCAGUCCUAAACUGGGCAGAACAAAAGAUUCUGCAAUCCUUGAUCUCUUAGGUCUUGAUGCGCCAACAACUAACCAAACAAAUGUAAAUGGUUCUGGGGACGAUGUAUUUUCUUCCUUUUUGUCUGCACCACCUGCUUCAGUAGCGUCAACUGGAAAUGAUUCUAAUGGAAGUAAAACAACUACUGCAAGUAAAAGCGAAGAGGAGAGCUUCUUUAAUCAAUCGACCCCGCUACCUCAGGAAAAAAGCAAGAUGACAAAAGACAGUAUUUUAGCAUUAUAUGGUACUCCAAGUCAUCAACCAGCUAUUUAUGGUGUCUCAGGAGGAGUGUAUCCUCAACAUUCUAUACCAUAUAAACAGCAAAUGCCUAAUGUGGGUGUAUUUGGGCAACAAAGCUCAUUGGGUCAACUCGGCCAACUUCCCACGCAAAUACCGGUCGCAAAUCAGAUACCUGUCAAUCAAAAUCAAAUUAUAGCAAAUCCUAACACCACGAUAGGUGCUGUAGCAGCCAAUCCUUUAGGUUUACAUAUAGGUCCAAUGAAUCAAUUAAAUGGUGUACCUAAUGCUGCUAUCUCAAUGCCACCUCAAAUGAUGAUGCAGUUAGGACAAAGUAAUAUUGCUAGUAAUAAUGGAUGGAGUGGAAUGUUGACACAGAAUAUUCAACCAGCUCCCGGUAGCAAUCCCUUCUUUAAUUUAACAGCACAGCAACAACAAACUACUGCAUUUACCGCUCAGUUGCCGCAACAAAUGUCGCAGAUGUCUCUGGGCGAUAUGAAUUUUGCUUCUACAGGCAAGCCUGCCGCUGCCGCGCUACCUGGGCAGACCCUUUCCACAAACUUAUGGCAGUAAAAUUAUUGCGAAUAUUGUUAGCCUGAUUAUCUCUCAUUCAGUGUUAUAUACUAAUGUCGACAGUUUAUUAUCCAAUGUAAUAACACAUUUCUAUGUCCAUCGAUUGGACAUUGCUUUGGAAAGUAAUAGAACUGACGACGGAGACACUAAAAUGAAAAAAGAAAAAUUAUACUCGAUUGUUGUCUCAACACAUAAUUCGUCAAUGUUUAUAGAGCUUCAAGUAGAUACAUAUUUUUGUUUGAAAGCCUCCACCAGCUUUCAACGUUACUGUUGAGAAAAAAA